AUGAGUUUUUGGAAGGACGUGAUCGAUUCCCUGUCUUCAGUCUUCUCGCCCGAGAAUUCAACUUCUCCCCAGCAAAGACGUAGCCUCGGGCGCAUGGAGGGCGUUGCUGGGGCUCGGAUUUCCAACGAACUUUGCGCCUAUAAGUUGAAAGGAUACUGUGAUCUAGCAACCAAAGAGAUCGAUAAGGCCGUGAGCAACGAAGAAGAGGGCUUGGUCGAUGACGCCAUCGUCCAUUACAAGAAUGCCCAGCGUAUACUAAUGGAAGCGAGUUCCAUUUCUGCCCCUUCUUAUAUCAGCUCCAGUGAAAAACAGAAGGUCAUAUCUUACCGUCAGAAGAUCUCAAAGUGGCAGGGCGAGGUUUCUGAGAGACUGCACGCUUUAAAUCCAAGCACAGGUUUGUCAUCAACAUCAACUUCAAGAUCUCACCAAAAGGAAAAACCAUUGACUUCUAGACAAGAUUUGCCAAGGAGGCCAACAAGGAACGGUUCAGCACUUGGUAAUCAGAGCACGAGAGCUAGCUAUGUAAAACCGCCUGGAGAAUCCUCAAAUAGUUAUGAAGCCAAAUUGGUUGAAAUGAUAAAUACAGCUAUAGUGGAUAGGAGUCCUUCUGUUAAAUGGGAAGAUGUUGCUGGUCUCGAGAAGGCGAAGCAAGCCUUAUUGGAAAUGGUUAUUUUGCCAACAAAAAGGAGAGAUCUGUUCACUGGACUUAGAAGACCAGCCAGAGGCCUACUUCUGUUUGGACCACCUGGAAAUGGUAAAACAAUGCUUGCCAAAGCAGUUGCCUCAGAAUCACAGGCAACUUUUUUUAAUGUUUCAGCAUCUUCUUUGACAUCAAAAUGGGUGGGAGAGGCUGAAAAGCUUGUUCGCACUCUGUUUACAGUUGCUGUAUCAAGACAGCCCUCUGUAAUCUUCAUGGAUGAAAUAGAUAGUGUGAUGUCAACUAGGAAGGCUGAUGAGAAUGAUGCUAGCAGAAGGUUGAAAUCUGAAUUUCUGAUACAGUUUGAUGGCGUGACGUCUAAUUCCAAUGAUCUAGUAAUUGUAAUUGGAGCGACAAAUAAACCUCAAGAAUUGGACGACGCAGUUCUUAGGAGGCUGGUUAAGAGAAUAUACAUUCCACUACCUGAUGAAAAAGUUAGGAGGCUCCUUUUGAAGCAUAAACUCAAAGGACAGGCUUUUUCCUUACCUGGCGGCGACCUUGAGAAGCUUGUUAGAGAGACAGAAGGGUACUCUGGAAGUGAUCUACAAGCACUGUGUGAAGAAGCCGCAAUGAUGCCAAUUAGAGAGCUUGGUGCCAGUAUUCUCAAUGUCAAGGCCAACCAGGUGAGACCCCUAAGAUACAAUGACUUCCAGAAGGCAAUGACAGUAAUCAGACCUAGCUUAAGCAAAAGCAAGUGGCAAGAACUUGAGCGGUGGAACGAAGAGUUCGGCUCAAAUUGA